AUGGUGUUUACCCAUGUUCAAGUUGCCUUUGGCGUACCUUCGCUUCUCCUGCCCUCGUCGACGCAUCCGACAGCCUGCGCAUACAGAACUUCUUUUGUUCUCGUAUCCCCUGGUCGUUGCUCGGGUGAGGUGGAGGAGUCUGCUGGUAAAGUGACACUUGUAGAAGCGCAAGCGGCUCCUUCUUCGUCUUCUGUAUCAUGUUCCACGUCUGUACCUGCUGCUGACACUCCACCGCAACACGUACCCACGAUCCGUCUCAUCUCUGCAACACCAUCCGCAACGGGCUCGGCGGCUGACGCAAGUACAUCCCUCAGCGCCAUUGCGCCGUUUGCUUCCUCGCCGCUCGCCCCACGGGUAGACUCACCAGCCUCACGGAAACGCUUGAUCCCGAAGAAAUCAAAGCUUGGGCUUCUCACGGGCGGAGGCAAAAACAAGGAGAAGUCUACCAAGGAUUUCUCGGACGUCGUACGCCGCGUUGGCAGUAAUACAGCUUCCACAGGUGGAGGCGGUUUUGAGAUCUACGUCGAUCAUGCGGACGACCCCGACCUUGGAGAAAUCGUCGUAGUCAAGAAGAAGAAAUCACGACUGGGCCUCGACGGUAUGAAAUGGGGUGCCCUAGGCGAGGUGACCAAUGUCCCAUCGGCACCAAAGGAGCGGAAGAACACGGCUGUGGAGCAUUUGCUCAAAGUGAAGGGCGAUGACAGCCAGAAAUGGUGGAGCAUCGGACGCGGUCGCAAAGACUCGAAGGGCAAGGACAAGGAAAACGAGAAAGCCCCCACCCGUUCGAAGACUCCCGAGCCCGUGAAGUCUCUUGACACUCGCGCCCGCUUCAACUCCCUAGACUCAGGAAUCAUGCUCUCGAGUACUACGCCGCACGAAGUGCGUCAGGGCACAACUUCGCUCACCCAGGCCGCUCAGCCCGUGACAUUGUCGCCGGCAAGAGCUAUUCCUUCCAUGGAGCCCGUUCCCAAAGGCGCGAACGGCUUGCUCGCACCUGAACCUAACCCUGCCACUGGCUCCAUCGCUGUGCGCGCCAUCAAAUCUAUGCGAUCAUUGGCGCGCAUGGCCAGCUGGGCUCAACUAUCGAACAGUGGCGAUAAGGAGAACGAAGAGUCUGGGCAGACCGGUACUCUCACUGGUACGAUGAAAGCCAAAGAGAAAGAGAAAAAGGAGAAGGGCGCAGAAAAGAAAAAGAAGAAAAAGGAGAAGCGAAAUGACAAGGAGAAAGAAAAGGAGAAGGAGACGAAGGAGCGGACUGUGCGUUGGUCGGGUAGCAGCUUCGAAGCCGGCGCACCGAGUGCGCAAGGAAGCCCCCCACCGCCCGUCGAGAAGGAUGCUUACACGAAGACUCUCGGAAGAAAGAAACAGAGUAUACUUGGGCUCGGUCUGCCGUCUACAAUGAAGGGCUUGGCCACGAUACGCAACACAUCUUCAUCCUCUUCGUCCGUCGGCCAACCGCAAGCGCCGAACCGUCUCUGGAUAGACUCAGCCCAUCUCAUUAUGAACGCAAACGGCCGUCCUACAUCCAUCGUAUCCAACGGGUCUUCCCUUCGUCCUGUCUCGACUGCUUCGGGCGGCUCGAUGUUCUCCGAGCGCUCAAAGCGCUCAUCGUCGAGCUCGGUCGCAUCUGUGCGCUGGGACGAAGAGGGCCUGCGUUCGUCAAAAGAAAGACAACGGAAGGAGCGCCGCACACGCGAGAAGGACAGCAAGAGCGGUCGCACAUCGCGCGACAGCCGCAGGUCCUCUGAGGGAAGGCGUCGGGCUGCAAUUGUGGAUAUCUUCCCCGAGGCGCAAGCGCAGAUAUCACGUCCUACAUCCAUGACGAGCGCAGGAUCAGUCUUCGACAAACCGAUCGUGCGGGUAGAGGAGGCUACGGCAGACGGCCACUCGGACCAUGCUGAGGAUCCCGUCGCCGAGACGCCUGUCAAACGUAGCCGCCCUCGGCCAGUGUCUGAGCAAAUGCUCGGCAAGGUCAGACCUCAACCUAUGUCGGACGAAGGGGAGGGUGUGCUCUCAAUCCUGGACGCCGCGACUAACGACCUCGCGUCGCUCAUCAAUAGACUGGAUCUAGAGGCGACCCCCUGCAGCACGAAUGGAUCACCUCUAAGGCUUUCUCCUUCUCAACGAAAUGGUGACGACAGUCCCAUCAAGAGGCGGUUUGUGCAGCGGGAUAGCCCUCUGAAGACAGAAUUGAGAGAAUGUACUGCCUCAAUGCAGUCUCUCCGGCCAUACGCUCAAGCACAGAAUGCUGCGACCGUCGCACUUCAGCAGCCAUUCGAUCCGCGGCAAUACAUAGGAAAGCAGAUAGCGCCUUGGUCGGAGCUGAACUGGCAGGUAUCCCCUAAGAAAGGACCCACCAGCACGAUCGCCGUGCGGCCGACACAUAGACGUACGCUCACGCCUACGCCUGCUCUUGAUCCGCCAUUCGUCUUCCAGCCCCUGCGUCCGGCCAAAGGCAAGAUCCCGCCCGCUAUCGCAACGAGCAUGCCCACCAAUGUAUCCACACCUACAGUCAGCAACUCGGGUGGUAUCACGCCAUCAUCCUCGACGUUCGGAUCCAGACCAUCGAAGAUCUCGCUUAGAAAUGAUUCUAAAGGAGAAGACGACCAUGCACCGUCGCCGACUCCCGUUUUCAGACGGAGUACAGGUCAUGUCAGGAAGCCAUCAUCCCUUAUUGGCAUCGAGACGAAGCAGAGCCAGAAGUGCAUGUCUGAUAAAAACAGUGCCUUCACAAUCUCUCCUGAAGCAAGGCGCGGUCUGGGACUACGUGGAACUAUGGGUGGCGACUCGUCGGCGGAGCCGCCUAUGGACCCUGAGGACCCUGACUCAGACAUUCCUGAUGAGCUGCAGGUUAUACUGUCCGGCCAAUCCGACGACGAUUGCACUCGCCGCCUCGAUGUGGGGAGAAGCUCAUGCCGGGAGUCGGCACCGCCCUCUCCCAUCUCCCCGUCCGAUAUUUCGUUCCCUGGGUCCCUUCCCGAUGUGGCUGCUGCGGCCCCCAUAUUGCCAGUGCUGCAGCUCGAUGACGAGGACGGAAAUCACGCUGAUAUCGACGAAGCCGGUAACGGCUCGUCAUCCGAAGAUGACACGAAAAAGUCCUUCGAUUUUACCGGGGAGUUGCAAAAGCUGAAUGAGUCUGGAGCAUCUGAUCGACACAGCUUCGUAGAACAACUCGAGAAUGCUUUCCGUACACCUGCGAGAAUUGAUCUUGGCUACGGUCUCGGUGAACAUAUGGGCCUCGAUGAAGGAUUCUUGGCGGUGCCACCUGUUCCGGCCCUCCCUGCUAACUAUCGGCGCACACCCCCCGAAGAUGUUGCACCGCGCAGUAUCUCGAACCCAGCGGACGAUACUGUUCUCUAUGGCAACUCCUGCGACCCAAUGUACACAAAUUCCUGCUUGUCUGAGGAGGUCAGCUUUGCCCUCGACGAGACUGGAGAAGAUAUGUGCAGGGUGUACCCAACCAACAAGAGAUCGGGCUCUAUGCGGUCGAAGGCAUCCGAUGGGCAGCUGAAUGUUGAUUUCAAGUUCGGUGGGAUACCGACCAUCCCUUCGACGGUCGAGGAGCAAGAGCCCGAGAGGGCGCUGACAUUAUCCGACAUCAUACCGCCGCCAUCUCAUUUCCGCUCGACUUCCCAGUCAUAUGUCGCCGAAGAGGAUAGUUCCGUCCUCAAGUCUAUCAUGGCGAAGGCGGUAGAAGUGGAUAUGCCUCCCCCUGUACCUCGUCGACGAGCUCUCUCAGAUUCUAGCUCUCAAUUCAGUAUGCGAGCAGCCAUACAAGCGCAAGACUCAAUCGUAUCUCAGUCCACGCACUCCAGGCGCUCUUCGGAGGUCAGCUUUGUCGGCUUCGAAUCUUUCGACGAGGUUAGACGUGCAUUUGAGUUCGGCCCUAACCGUCCUGCGUUCUACCCUCCCCCUGGUGCUGGUGCUACCGGUCGUCGGUCACAUGUUCGAGACAUGUCCCUGUUCAGUGUCGCAUCCGUAUCGUCCUACGGUGACAUUGUCGACUCUGGCUCGGAGGAUCCGUUCGGAUAUGCUCGCGGUCUUAGCCGGCCGCCCUCUUCCGAUAUGUCGAUGUCGAUGUCGAUGUCGGUCGAUGAUACGUUCUCCUUCAUCCACCGUGGUCGCCGACAGAGAAUCGAUAGUGAUGCAUCGAGCUUCUACUUCCGAGCUCCGGGUGCCAACCAAGCGCUGCAGGCCGGAAGACAUGGCCAUCGGCGUCAUGAGUCUGGAAUAUCAAUUGCUUCCAAUGCGCCGCCGGUCAGCCUCUACAAUCGGAGCUAUGGGGGGCACAGGAGAACCUGGGCUCGCCAUCGACAAGACCCAUCAGUCGAUUCGACCUGGAGUGAAAUCUCCGCACGGCGUCUUGGACGUCCUGGUUUGGGCGAUAAGAUGUUCGAACAUGAACCUGGCAUGCCCCUCUCUGCAAUCUCAGCCUCUCCUCCCGAGAGUGUUGCCAGUGAUCUCCGUAGCCGUGGUUCCUGGGACUCGAUCGCAGAUGGAGGGAAAUGCUCCUCGGUGGAUGACUCUUUGUUCGAGAAGUCUGACUCCAGGACGUCUAUGUCCUCUGACUCGGUGUUCGGCCACGAUGAAUCGUACCCGCAAUAUGACAAGCAGCUGCCUCCUCGCCAGUACCGUCCCAUCUCUGUGCUCAGCGAAUUCAGUGUCCAUAGCCCUCGCAAGGAAGAUGAUACGAUGAUCACAAUGCUGGACGGCAACCAUGUUCGUCGACGAUCCAUUAACUCGAUGAUUGGGGCUUCGCCGUGCGUCAGAGUUGAGAAGAUGAAACAUUCUGCAGUACAGCUACCUCAAGCUAUUCUACAAUUCAAGCAAGAGGACUCCAACAGAGAUGACUCUCCGAAGAAUAGGUUGCUGCAGCAGCCUUCCAUAGCAUCAACGAGUUCUCAUCAAUUCGGCGAUGAGCGCAUGAUCAUGGCGCGCAAAGGCCUACUCGAGCGGCAAAGCCUGGAAGACAGUGCACUGAUUGCACACGGAGAGGAUCUCUUGGCUUCCCUUCAAGCCCUCGGUUGCUCUACUGGCGCUCGUGAUUCCAUUUUCAUCGUCGACGGCGACAACGAGUCUAUGCACAGUGACUGGGACGAUGAACGUGGCAUUACAACUCUCCGUCGUUACUACGCACUUAGGGACGAGGCUCAAGAAACCGUGUCAGAGAGUAAACGAGUCUGGCCGGAUACUGCUUUCUCAAUCUUCGCUGUGCAAUCUUUCCGACCGCCAAGCAACCACGGGGGGAUGCGUGCCAUGCUAGAGCACUCGCAAAAGCACUAUGGACCUCUGCCUUCGGAACUUCGUCCUCGCCGGAUUCGGUCUCGUACAUCGUCACGGGCGUCGCCAUAUCCUUUGCCUCACGUUCUGCCAUCGUUCUCACCUGAGCAGACUAGACCAUCUGAUAUCAGUGCGGCUGUCAACACAUCUGCAAGUCGCCGGGACGCCUCGUCGACCACUUCUGCACUCCGAGAAGUCUCGGUCAACGCCAACAGUGGCAACAUCAACGCUCUGUCCCCGCCCCCAGCACUGGGUGUCAUCAAGCCCUUCACGCCUUUCGCUGUGGAAUUCGAAAAAUCUAAGCAGAAGAAGGCCCCCACAGGCUUGCCCCCCCUUCCUGCACGGCCAAGGGUCACAUCGAGUGCACGACGCACCGCUCUUGGGUGGACGAAACGUAGUACGGGAAAAUCAAGUUCUAGCGACCAGAAGGAGAACGUUGGUCAGGGCAUGAUCAUCACGUAA